AUGAGCUAUAAAUCAGUAAAAAAACUAGUCAAUGGGUACCGGGAGCUCACCGCCCAUCCCUCCCUGUGCGCUCAUUACGCACAGACGUACGCAUGCGGAAACAGUCCAGCUGUAAACUCCUGUGAGCUUCAUCUCUCUCUGCUGCUGAUGGUGGUGCUUUCUAAGGAGUAUGGCUACGUCUUGCUGACCGGCGUCGCCAGCAUGGUGAUGGUUGGACACCUGGCCGUCCGAGUGGGAAAAGCCCGGAAGAAGUACAACGUGCAGUAUCCCAAGAUGUACAGUGAUGACCCCGAAACUGGAAACAUCUUCAACUGCAUCCAGCGCGCCCACCAGAACACGCAGGAGGUCUACCCCGCCUUCCUCUUCUGCCUGGCUGUGGGCGGUUUGCAUUGUCCCCGUCUGGUCAGUGGCCUCGGCCUCUUGUGGAUUGCUGGCAGGGAGGUCUACGCACACGGAUACUCCACGGGAGAUCCCAAGAAGCGAAGGAGGGGAAGAUUUGGGACUUUAGCUUUCAUGGGGAUGAUGUUGACCACCCUCAGCUUCGGCCGCCAUCUCCUGGGCUGGACUGGGCCGCGGAUGGGGCCCUUCCGUCCAGUUGAAGCUUGA